AUGGAGGAGUACCCCUCUAAACAAGCAACCGAAAACCUGGACGAUCCUCCUAACAGUCGGCUUUUCGUGGUCACUAGUCGGUCCAUAACCGAAGAUGAGCUUCGGGAAAGUUUCUCCGUAUUUGGAGACAUCCAGGGGGUCUGGGUUGUCAAAGACAAGCAGACAAAGGAGUCCAAAGGUAUCUGCUAUGUGAAGUUCGCCAAAUCCUCGCAGGCCUGCCUGGCCAUGGAGGAAAUGCACGGCAAAGUGCUGGUGGAAGCAACUAAACCCAUCAAGGUGUUUAUUGCCCAGUCGCGGUCUUCAAACAGACACAGAGAUGUGGAGGAUGAGGAGCUGACCAGGAUUUUUGUCAUGAUCCCCAAAACCUUCUCAGAGGAGGACCUUAAAAACACUUUCAAAGAGUAUGGUGACAUUGAGUAUUGCGUGAUCAUUAAGAAUAAGUCCACAGGGGAAAGUAAAGGACUGGGCUACGUGAGAUACUACAAACCCUCCCAGGCUGCCCUCGCGAUAGAGAACUGUGACAAAACUUACAGGGCCAUCCUGGCUGAACCUCGCACCAAGGCUGCAGCAACAGAAGACUACACCGGAGGAGCAGCCAGAGGUGAUUACAUGGCUGGUGCUGACUCCAUGAACCAGUAUACCCUCCCUAUGGCUGACCCUGGCAGCUACCCGGUGAUGGACUACCGCUCAGGUGACUUCACGCGGUGCCUGAUGAUGUCAACACGGGCCGCGCUGACCCAGGAGCAGAUUUUUGCUCUGUUUGACAUCAUUCCUGGCAUGGAAUAUUGUGAGCUGCAGAGAGACGCUUAUGGAAUGAGCAAAGGUCAUGCCUUGAUUCGCUACAGUAACCUUGGAUCAGCAGUGUACGCCAAGGAAAAGCUGAAUGGCUUCGAAUAUCCUCCAGGCAACAGACUGGCAGUAAAUUUUGUUGACGACGGAGAGGACCGCAGCAGUCCUGUAGGUCGGAUGGCGAUGCAGUUUGUCGCAGCCCAGAUGAUGUCUGCAGUGUGGAACGGACCCUCGACCAGCCAAGUCCUGAAACCUUCUGGCUUCUCUGCCGUCUCCCCAGUGUCCCGGAUUCAGACAGACGUCAACCUUCCUCCUCUGAAGAAACUCGCUCCACCCGACAGCAAGGCGAAGGAGCGUUUGUUUGUCGUGUUCAGCCCCUCCCCGCUGCCCCUGGAUGUGCUGGAGGAUGUUUUCUGUCGCUUUGGUUCCCUCAUUGAGGUCCAUUUGGUUCCUGGGAGGAAGGUUGGUUACAUGAAGUAUGCAGACAAACAGUGUGCCGAUGAGGCCAUGUCAGUGCUGCACGGUCGGGUCGUAAACGGAGUGAAGAUGAAGGUGAUGCUGGCUGACCCUCCCAGAGAAGAAUCUCAUAAACGUCUUCGUACCUACUAGGACCAGGCGACAGAAACGACCGGCGACUGUUGUCAUGACACAAUGACACCUGACCUGACCGACCGACCGACAUCAAGACCUUCUCCCGACCCCUGACACGACCUUUAACACCUGUCUGACCUUACGUCUGGUCAGUGACCUUGUUGCGACGCACUGAUAAAACAAGUGAACAGUAGCAUCCAUUACUAAAAUGGAGUCUUGCCCGUAUAGUCUGUGAAACAUAAUGUCAGUAUGUUUAGUUUGUGCUCAGUGUCAUGCUUUUUCUGCCUUUAAUUUAAAUAUGUAAUGCGACACUGCGUCUGGCUCCUGUCAGCGGCGCUAACCAGUGUACAGCAGUAGUACAGUACAGUACAGUAUUACACAUUUAUCCACGGACUACUGAAGACACACUGAGUUAGUUAGAGUUCAGGUGGCUGGCACGAUUCUCUCCUCGACAAGCUGCGGUCUGUUGAUAAGCUAACAGACAGGCUGUGCAAAGCUGGAUUUAGACCACUGUGUGUUUCAGGUCUCGCCGUUUCUCUGUAAUCCCAUGCUGAGCUCAGUCAAAACUGUGACAAAUAAAGAUAAAAUGAACAAACCAUUCAACCCGUCUCGUCUCUUCUUUUGCUGCAACACUUAUGGGAUGAUAACACCUCUCUCAUCUAAUAACUUGUCAUUUUAUUGUUUUACUUUUAAAAUCGUGGAAUAAAAAUCAAAGUAUCGUCCAAAUCUUCUAAAUAAGAUCAAUGGGAAAAUGACAAAGGAUGAGUGGUAGGACAGUGGAUGCUCGACGAGUCUCUCCUGGUAGGUAUGCAUGUGUGAUAGUUGUGAAUGUGUACUUGAUGAGAACUACAGAGGCCCUAAAACAGGUUGAUGUGGCCAUGAAAAACAAAAUCUUCAAAAAAAAAAAAAAACAACUACACACUUCAAGAA